AAGCAAGAUUUGAAUCUGAGGUUUUACCUCAUGCUUCAUUCUUUUGUUGAGCUGCUUCUACAUGACACCAUCUUCUGUUUUGGCAUUAUGUAGUCUUUUGGAAUUAUAGAAAGUGUUACUUGGUGAGAAUUAUAUUAAAGAUAUCUGUAAGAAAAUGCCUGGGUUAAAUUUGAUUUGAGUGCCUCCACAUAUAACACUUCCAAAUACGUCAAAUGGCUGGAUGGACACUUAUUUCAUAGUUGGUUGAAAAUUAUUAAUCAAUAUCAAGUAUCCUGCUCACAGGAUAACCCGAAAAAAACACAGAACCCUUCACGGAUACCUAACUUCUCUCUUUUUGCGUGUUAACCCUUUGUGUUCUCCUAUUAUUAUUAUCCCAUUCUUUUUCCCAAUUCAUCACAAACAGUAUAUCAAAUCACAUGACAAGGGCGGGGCUAGCCGUUACGCCAAUCAUUACCCAAAUACAAAAAGGUGUACCCACUGAUUCCUAUUGGGUUACCGUUAUUCAAUAAAGCCAAUCACAAACCGCCUACACACGCUCUGGUUGAACAAUUGUCGAGGUGUGAUACCUGGACAGAGUGGGCCCCAGACCUGUUGGUCUGAGGGGGAUCUCUCUCACUAACAGUGGGGGUCAGAGACCGGUCUCUGGCAGGGAGGGGGAAACAGCAUGAGACGAAACCAUAUCUGUUUAAGAUUAUUACAAUCAACAUUCCUCAGUUUUCCUUCGUUCCUCCAUUCCUCAGUUUGAGACUUCUAGGUCUCAUCAAUCCAAUGAGUGCAAUCCUCAACAAAAGACGGUUCUCUACUCAAGCAGAAAAAGGCGGGCCGAGUCGAGGCGAGUUGAGCUGGUACUGUCGGUGGAGAAGGGGCUUGGUCACUAGCUGGCUAGGUCUGGAUGCACCUAGAAAAUACUGAACUAGAAGUAACAGAUUUAAAUUGUGUGCUACAUAAUCCAGGAAUAGAUAACAAUAAAACCUGAGACUAGAGACAUUAAUUCCACUGGACCAAUAGAAAACAAUAAUAACCAACCUACUUGAUGUGGACUAUCUAUGAUUUCUUUUAAGUGGAUCUUCUCUGUAUCUUUUUGUAUUGCUCUAAUAAGGUACUCCCAUGUUUUAGCUUAGUUUAAAAUAUAACUAUAUCUUAUUUAUACCUAUUUUUUAUGGUUUCUUUGUUUAAUGUAUUUUUUAUAUCUUAUUUGUUUUGUUAUUUUACUGCAAUUUUUUUUACUCUUCUUUUAAUUUUUAAUACUUCCGUGUGUGUUUCCCCUUUAUUCCAGACAAAACAUAUUCAGUCCUACUUAUGUUUAAUACAGAUGCUUUCUGUAUCAACAGUUUUUUGUGGGACUAUUUGAGAUGACCAAUAGAAACUUAUAUUUUCUCUUCGACAUUUCAAACACAAUGAACAUAAUACAAUAGGCCUUCUCCUCACCAUUUUGCUUUAUGCUAUCAUUUGGUCAUGAAAUUGAACUGAUAUUAAAAUAAUAGAAGAUACAACUCAAUGGUUUGAGAUCAGAGGCAAAGUGUUUCACAUGUGGGCUACUUCCUAUGCUACUUAGUGCUAGGAAAGGAUAACCAUCGUAUUGUCCUAUCACUGAUGACAUGUCAUUACAAACAAAUAGGAAAUGUUAUGACAUGCCCAAUAAGUUUAUCUUCAGAAUGUACUUUAUGAUGUGUUUCAACAGUCCAUGUCUGUACUAGAUAAUCUCUCAUGUGAAAAAGAGCAGAGUAAAGUGUUGGAGGUUUGAGGAAGUGAAGGAACACUCGCUAUAAGAAGCCUUGCUCUCCACAGUGAGCAGUAGUUUGAGCUAUCAGACAGACAGACCGACAGUAGAUAUGGUUCCUUCUCCGUCAUGCAGAGAUACUUCAAUCAAUGACGAAUGUUACAAACCGACCUCCUCUGAUCAUGGAAGAACAGAGUUAGUAGCUGGAGAUUGUAUUUCUCUAUCAUGCGGGGCUCUGAGUGACUGUUCCAAUAUUACCUGGUUGUUCGGUUACAACUCUACAAUGACUGUAGAAUUGGUUGACAAAGGGAAGGUUAGGUCUGAAUACAAGAAAGAAAGAGUAUGUGUCACAAAGGAGUGUUCUCUGGAGGUAAAGAAGAUGCGAAAGGAAGAUGAAGGUCCUUACACCUGCAGAUCCAUCCUAUCAUCAGGAGGACACGUUGAUCAUAUACGAUAUGAUCUAAAACUAAUCACAAGCACACGCAGACCAACCACAACCAAAGUGAAAGUGUUUUUGACACAUGGCGUAGCAAACACAGCUUGCACAAGCACAUCCAAACCAACGACUACACCAGUGAAAGGAGCAGCCAGCAGCAGCCCAGCAGCAAGGCCCUCAACAUCAACACCAACCACACACACACUGAACGCUCCUACAGCGGGGGUCCUGCUGCGGGUCCUGGUGCUGCUGGGCUUCUCUGUCCUGACCCUGGUGGUUCUGCUCCGCCUCAUUGGCUGGUGGAGAACCAGAGGUAACAGGGCAGCAACAGAAGAGUGCAUUGGUCUGAACUCUGCCAGCGACGCCCUGCCAGCCAGAGAACGCCUCGGCCCAGGGGCCAGUGACCAGCAGCAGCACAGUGUGGAUAUGGACCUGGACUGGGCUCCCAGGGGCCCCUCUGUGGUCCAGCGUGGUGGGCAGAGGGCAGUAGGCUCAGCACAGGACCAAGAGGAUCCUGGUGAACUUAGCGAUGCGGCUACCUAUGAAAACCUGAGGGCCCCUCCCAGAUGUGCUGGGGACACUGCAGACACGGGCGUCCAUUUUGUCACCGUCCACCAACUGUCAAAAUGACAAACAUGUGGAUAACACGUGAGGAAGCAGGGGGAAGCGGUCGGAGCUAUAGCUGGUUGUUGUAUUCAGAUGGAUUAUAACCGACUGAACAAAUGUUGAUUCCCUUGGUCCUUAAACAAGCAUUUAGUCCUACACAACAAGCAGUAGGUCUACACUCGGUAGUCCUUAACACCGGUUGGGCUGUACAUACAUGACAUGACAUUUAUACUCAACGAAAAUAAUGAAAUUAAUACAAAAUCCAUGGAGCAAUAAUUGCUGAAUGCGUUUUCUCAUAAAUGUAAGUGAUGGGAACAUGUUUUUCAAAUGAGUUGAUAUGUUGUCCUUGACAGGACGCCAGAGACCAAACAGAAUAUAUGAAAAAUAAUAAACAGACCACACAAGGUUUUUAGCCAACAUU